AAGGAACCAUUAUGGGGUUAUUUUUUUACAGCACCUUAUAGUUCACACGGAAUAUUUAUCUUCUGCCGGGUCAAUGAUUAAUUCGUAUCUCACGUCUCGGUUCUUUACUUCAGCCUAUAGAGUAUUCACAUUAACAAUGUAAAAUUAUUAGUUGUAAUCAAGCCAGAGUUGAUGGCAGAUUUGUGACAAAUUCAAAAUCUGCAAGAGGUGCAUGAAUAAGAACGCUGUUUUAAACUAAAAUGGCAACAACAAAAAGUGGCAAAUUUAAUCUAACCAAUAUUACGGGGCUUUUUUAAACUGAUUGCAAAAUCAAAUAAAACUGAAGUCAUAGUCAAUUGAUUCAUUUUAUUUGAGGCACAAUUAAAAUAAAAUUUCAAAAAUGUGUGUUUAGCACAAAAAAAACAUAACUGUUUAUAGUUUUUAAUACAUCAUUGGAAAAUUAAUUAUCAUACUUAAUGAAGAGUAAACGAAUUAAUUCAAAAUCAGGUGCGGCCUUGCGGUGCAAACUUUAGCCCAGCCCUGCUCCAAAGUAAACAGCGCACGUCCUCCUUGGUCGCCCCUCCCUUCCGCCCGGUCGGUCGGUAUAAAACAUCCGGCAGCGACCUUUUCACCCGCCCUCUCGCACGUCUCAACGACCUCCACCAUGUCCUUCUUGGCUCCUCCUGGUUACCAGCCUGUCUACUCCCCCAGCAUUCCGUAUCUGGGGCCCAUCUACGGAGGUCUGCGGGAGGGAGCUUCCAUCUACAUCCAGGGCUCGGUUCCGGACAAAAUUACCAGGUUCUCUGUGAAUCUGCUAUGCGGACAGUCCGAUUCCAGCGACGUGGCCCUGCACUUCAACCCACGCUUCGACGGCUGGGACAAGGUGGUCUUCAACAGCCGGCAGAACGCCGCGUGGGAUGCGGAGGAGAAGAUCCGUGACAUGCCCUUCAGCAAGGGCAAGGCCUUCGAGAUGGUCAUCGUGUGCUCCCUGGAGGGCUACCAGUUCAAAAUUAAUGGGAAGGACUUCUACACCUUCAAGCAUCGCCUCCCUUUGGCCAGAGUGCGCGGCAUGGAGAUUGCAGGAGAUGUUUCCAUUCAGACCAUUAACGUCAUUGGGGCUGGUGGCUCGGGAAUGGGGCAGCAGGGAGGCGGCAUGGGAGGCAUGCCAGGAUGCGGGGCUGCAGGCCCUGGUGGCUAUCCCGGGGGCAUAGGAGGCAUCAUCGGGGGUGGAUUCCCAGGAUCAAAUCUACCGAGCAUGAGCGGCCAGCCGAUUUACAACCCUCCGAUCCCGUUCUCGGGCAUGAUUCCAGGAGGAAUGUUCCCAAAGAGGACAGUCGUCAUCCGAGGCAUGGUUCCCCGCCAUUCAAAGAGGUUCAGCAUUAACUUCAUGGUGAGUAGAUCUGGUGACGUCCCCUUCCAUAUGAACCCCCGCGUGAAGGACGAUGUGGUGGUGCGCAACAACAUGGAGGGUGGAUGCUGGGGCCAAGAGGAACGCCAGCUUGGGGCCAACCCCUUCGAGGAGGGCCAGUACUUUGACAUGUCCAUCCGUUGCGGAAGCGACCGCUUCAAGGUGUUCCUCAACGGGCAUCCGCUGUUCGAUUUCACUCACCGCACGCGCGCCGUCACCGAAAUCGACAAGCUGGAGGUGGCGGGUGACGUGCAGAUUUCCUACAUCCACUUCUAAAAGCACGCUCGGUUUGUACUCAGCACCACACUUGUGCGGUAUCUCCAUGGUAACCAACAUCAGGACCAAAGAUUUAUUUUUCGUUCAAAAUACUGGAGAUACUUUAUCAAAGCUUGAUUAAUAAAACCAAUGGAAAAAACGUCACUUGUAAAGUCAGAGUACCACUUUUCAACGGGAAGCCAAAUAUUCUUUGUGUCCACAUUCUUUCAUGAUUGUGACAACAGUGAAUAAACCAGGGAGCCCGUCAUUUAGAAUCUUUAAUUUUAUUGUAUUAUCAGUAGGAUAUAUAUAUAUAUUAGCAAAAUCUGCUAACUGCUAUUUGACAUUUUAUUUUAAAAUGCAAUUUGAGAAACAGGACAACACAAUGCUCGUUCACUCAUCAGUCAGUGCCUGGAAAAGGCCACUAGGUGUCAGUAUUGCUUUGCAAAAACUUUACUGUCCCCUCUAUGUAUGAUAAGAGUAGUUGUACUUUGGAGUUUUGUGUUUCAUUAUACAGUAGUUAACUUAAAUGUUGCACUCGCAUGAGAGUGGCGAAUGUUAAAAUGUGACUUAAAACAUUGCCUGUUUUACUUGACAUUAAAUAGUUUCCUGUGGGGGGUGGGGGGAAGGCAGGGGAAUUGGAUGUCAUCGAGGUCAGGAGCUAAGUUUAGCCUGGGUUGUUAUCAAGUCUUUGCCACAUAGGGCACUUUUUUUUUUUUCUAAAUCAAAUCACUUGUGAGACAUUUAUUGGGAACGCAAGUUAAGUUUGAAAAGAUGUUACAAGAGUUUUGGGAUGUGUGGUGUGAAAUAAUGGAUCUAAGAGACCAGCACUGAAUAUCAGACGAGGGAUCAACUUAUGGCAGAGAGGUUUUUUAAGUAUAGACAAGAUGUUGAGGGCUUCACUUGGGGUUUUUCACUAUUUGGGUAGGGAUCAGUCUCUACUCAAUACGACAAACUAAUAACCAUUUAAUGUACUCGGAAGGCUAGUGUUCAUAUUGAGAGAUCAGAUCCUGGAGAUGUUACAGAACGAGCAUACAAGGGCUUAAAGGUAAAGAAGAUGGCGAGAGAGAAA